AUGACUACUCAGUGCAACCGAGGAGGCGGAAAGUGGCAAAUGGCCCAGUCGAGCUCCAUCUACAGGCAUUCAACAGUGACAUAUUUCGUGUCCACAUUUGCGAUUUCUUGGGGUGGUAUACUUGCCGUUGUCGGAUGGGAAGGGUUUCCCGGCACACAAGAACAAGUCAGCUUGUUACUCCCGUGGGUUGUUCUGGUUAUGCUGGCAGGUCCCAGUUUGAUCGGGGUGUUAAUGAUAUAUCUCGUUUACGGGAAAGUCGGAUUUCAAAGGCUGGUUUCCAGCCUUGUACCCCGAGGUCAUUCAGGGGUCGGCUGGUGGGCUGUAGCGUUUCUGCUUGCUCCACUGUCGAUUGCUACCGUUCUCACGGUAUUGUCAUUGGUCGACUCGAUGUUCCGGCCAGUCAUCUUCACUUCUGAUGAUAAAGCUAGCACUCUUGUCCUGGCUUUCGCCUAUGCACUUGCCGCCGGCUUCUUCGAGGAACUCGGGUGGACUGCGUUCGCAGUGAGGGAGCUGAGAUCCAGGCACAGCAUCCUUGCAACCGGACUCAUAGUUGGAGGUCUAUGGGGAGCUUGGCAUUUGAUUGUAGCAGUCUGGGGAAGUGGUAUGGAUGACGCAUCAGGUCGCUUCUCUGUGACUGCGUUCCUGCCACAAAUCCUUUUCUACGUUGCCGUGUUGCCGGGAUACAGGAUCCUCAUGGUCUGUAUAUACGAGCGAACAGCUAGCCUUGGCGCUGUAAUGGUAAUGCACGCAAGUCUUACAGCCAGUUUGCCGUUGGCCCUCGCGCCCUCAGCGACAGGUAUCCACCUGGCCAUAUCAUACUUUGUGCUGGCUAUCGUGCUAUGGGCCGCGAUUGCUUUUGGCAUUUCGAAAGGAUGCUUUGGCUCGUCAAUGAAGGAGCAAAAGGUCGCAUGUUGUGGGAUGCUACUAUGUGGAUUCUUGUCAACUGUAAUCUACAUGGUGCCAGUAGUGGUUCCAGUUACAGGGUGGAAGAGCUACGGCCGUACUUGGCGAACCAUUAGCGAGCUGAAUGCCCUUGAUUCUCUCACCAGAGCCCUGGUUGGCCCGUUGUUUGUCGCCUGCAGUCUACUCACCAUUGUCUUUGGGAUUGGGAUUAUCAGCACAGCUGGGGGAAACUUGCCCUUACGCCGCGCAGCCAUCGGACUCCUAGGAAAAGAGGUCGUUGGGACAGUCGUGACAUUAUUCUCUCUGAUGCACUUGAGAGCCGUCAAAACAAGUUCUACGGUUACGUUGCAUGGGCCACUCACACUUGUGGGAUUUCCAUUCAUACUGCUCGCUGUAGGCGCCGGGGCCAGCGCAUUUGGAAUUACAUUCCGGGUGUAUUCGUUGGUAACAAUUGCACUUCUCAGUUUCGGCGGAUGCUUGGCGGCGAUGGACACUCCAAAGCUUGCGGCAAAUAUAUCGGCAUCGUGGAUAGGAGUUUCAGAGCGAGUAAGUGUAGCGGCAUAUCCACUUUGGGCCGCUGUAUUGUCCGUAACACUGAUGAGGGAUAUGUGGAGGGGGUACGCCUCAGAGCUGGGAAGUACUUCUACCAUGAGUAAACGCGACCUGUGA